GACAAAAUGUACACGAACAUAAAAGAAGUGAACUGACGCUUAUUCUAAGUUAGACUUUUUUUCGUAAAAGCACGGGAUCGCUUGUACAAACUACAGUAAUGACAAAACUUAUGGAGUGGCUUUUAGUCUUUGUGCUUGCUUUUUCUACUUGGAUAUCUUUAUUAACAGGAAUGGUUCCAUUCACUGUUUCUCAUCGAUUGAAAGAAGUCAUUUGGCCGAUGCCAGUUUAUGCUAUUAUUGUUUUUGGGUGUUAUUCUCUAGUAGUGGUUGGUUUUAGAGUGGCAACUUUUAAUGAUUGCAUAGAAGCUUCAGAAUCCUUAAAACAGGAAAUACAACAAGCAAAAGUGGACCUUACUAAGAAAGGUUUCAAAUUUGAUUGAUGAAAUGGGGAAAAAAGGCUUUUUAUCAUUAUGCCAUCUCAAAUAAUAAAAUAUUACAGAUCAUUGAAAGAUGAUUUCAUAUUCUAACAGAAUUACAUAAAAUUAUAGCAUUUUAACUUUCUCAAAAUACACAAACUUUUUUGUUGUUGUUCAGUAUCUAAAGUGGCUGAGUAAAUGAAAAUCUGAAGAUUUUUUCCUCAAAAAUAUUUCAAUCCAAAAGGUUGACUACUUUUGAGAUUUUAAGUAUUUAAUAUUUUGAGAGAUUUCAUUUAAAUAUCCAAUUCCCUUGCUUUACUAGUAUGUUAUAAGAUACCCAUUGAUUAAGAAAAAUGAGUAUGGAACUGGGUAAAAAUCUUUCUCACAACUUGGCAGUCAUGGGCUGAUUCUGCUUCAUCUUCUUUCUCUAUUCUCUUGAGGCACAAUUCGAUUUCAGAAAAUAAAUGCUUAUGCUCAAAAUAAUCAGUAUUAGUAAAAACCAGUCGUAGCAAGGAAAGGUAUUGUGUUCUUAGCUGUGAAAAUAUACAAAAAGAAAAUCAAAUCCUUAGUUAUAUACAAACAUAUAAUAAUAAGUUUCAUAAGGUAUGCUGAAUAAAUGAACGGAGUGUCUAAUCAAGUUUAAAACCAUAAGGUGCAUAGCCAAUCUAGUGGUUUCAAUCCUGAUAAAACACAAUUUGCAAGAUUAUUGAACAGCUUCAAAAACUCAUCAACAAUUCACAAACCUUUGGUUGAAUUGCCCUAUUUCACUGCUUGUUUAUGUGGGGGAUAGAAUUGCCAAAUCCAAUAGAAAAUUAGACAAAUUUCGUUCCUAGCAAAACAGUUUAAUCUAAAAUGGCCCAGUUUUCAGAUAUGAUAUGUGUUAAUAUGUACUAAAUAAUAUUCUGAGCGUUUGCUGGCUAUUCUACUUCUCUUCAUGGAUUGAUACAGGUUUAAGAACAAUUUUCGGUGAAUUUGCGUUGAUUUGAUCCCCUCCAACGACCAUGGUCCUUUGCGUUUAAACAAUAGAUUGUUUUGAUGUGACGUCAUAGUGAAAUAGGGCAAUUAGAAUGACCAACCAUGGACUUAUGAAGGCUUAUAAAUUAUUAAUAGUUUUUGAACAUAUUAAUUAUAUAGUUAAAUAAUCUCACAUGUUAUGGUAAGGGCAAUGGGAUUCAUCUCUAAACAUGAAGCAGAGAGAGACCACUAAAGCAUACAUUUUUAAUUUUUUAUCUCUGACCCCAACAAAAAAGCCCUACCAACAUUAUGUAUUUCUAAACUUUUUUUUUUUUUUGACAAAGCUGUUUUACUUUAAAAUAAUAUGAAUUAAAUAAUUACACAAACACUUAAUACCUGGUUUCCUGGGUUGAGAUCAGUAAUUUGUCUUAAUAAAAUUUCCAGAAGCACCAUCAUAUCUGAGGUAAAAAAAAGCCCUGAUGUAUCUUUACUAGCAAAUACAUCCAAGAGAAACUUGAGCACUGAAUUAGAACAGUUGCGAGGGUAAUCAAACAGCACAACUGGAUCCUCUAGAACAAGAUAAAAUUGUAAGGGUUAGUCCAAAUGUGAAUGUUAUUGAACAUAAGGAUCUACAGUAAUUAUAAUGGAUAUAAUUUAUAACAUAGCCAUGAUACAAUGUAUAACACACUCUUUGAUUGGUUUAUUAGUUUGCCUGAGCCUGUAUUCAAAAAAAUGGUGCACGCUGAUGUAAUUGACAAUAACUCCCUUUAUGUCUGACAGAAAAUAGCACUUGGAAAUGCA